AUGUUUCUGGCCACCAUGGAACGCAGAUGGCGGGCUAUGGUGAACGCUAGCAUGCCGGAGGCUCGCGGAGACAUACGCGCUAUAAUCGGGCAGCCGUUUUUUGUCCCGCUUUUCAGCCUUUACCUUGUCUACGGCGGGGUGUUUCGUCUUUCCUUUGGACCAAAGAGGUUUGUGAUUGUAUCGGAUCCCGUUGUGGCGAAGCACAUUCUGCGGGACAACGCCAAGUCGUACUCCAAGGGAAUCCUGUCUGAGAUCCUCGACUUCGUGAUGGGACAGGGACUCAUUCCCGCUGAUGGCGAGGUUUGGCUCACUCGACGCCGCACCGUUGCUCCUGCGCUGCACAGAAAGUACGUGAGUGCCAUGGUGUCGUUGUUCAGUGAGUGCUCCCAACGCCUGUGUGACAAGUUGGAGGGAGCAGCAGACAAGGGGCAGGUGGUGGAGAUGGAGUCACUCUUCUCGCGCAUGACCCUGGAUGUGAUCGGCAAGGCCGUGUUCAACUACGAGUUCAACUCUCUCCAGAAAGACACAGGCAUUGUGGAGGCGGUGUACGUGACACUAAGGGAGGCGGAGGUGAGAAGCACGUCGCUGUUCCCCUACUGGAAGAUCCCUCCCCUGCGAGUCGUCAUGCCCAGCCAGCGCAAGGUCUCAGACGCUCUCACGCUCAUCAACGGCACCCUCAACGCCCUCAUCGCCGAAUGCAAGCAAAUGGUGGAAGCAGAGGAGGAGGAGUUUUUUGAGGAGUAUUUGAACAAGGAGGACCCCAGCAUCCUGCAUUUCCUGGUUGCUUCCGGGGAUGACGUCACGAGCAAGCAGCUGAGGGACGAUCUGAUGACGAUGCUGAUUGCAGGGCAUGAGACGUCUGCUGCCGUGCUCACGUGGGCGUUUUAUCUACUAGCCCAGAACCCUUCAGCAAUGGCGAAGCUGCAGGCAGAAGUUGAUGCAGUGCUGGGCGACAGGCAGCCCAGCAUUGACGACUUCAAGAAGCUGCGGUUCACCACGAGGGUGAUCAACGAGGCCAUGCGCCUCUACCCCCAGCCGCCCGUGCUUAUUCGACGUGCUCUUGAGGACGAUGUGCUGGGAGGAUACCCGAUCAAAGAGGGUCAGGACAUAUUCAUCUCCGUGUGGAAUCUCCACCACAGCCCCGAGCUCUGGCAGGACGCAGAGGCCUUCCGGCCCCAGAGGUGGCCGCUUGACGGGCCCGACCCCAACGAGGUCACAGAGAACUUCAGCUACCUUCCUUUCGGCGGUGGUCAGCGCAAGUGCAUAGGAGACGUGUUCGCCACGUUUGAAGUCACCACAGCCGUGGCCAUGCUGGCCCGUCGGUUCGAUUUCAGCCUUGCCCCUGGCGCUGAGGAGGUGGGCAUGACAACGGGAGCCACCAUCCACACCACCAACGGACUUCUCAUGGCUGUCUCCCGCAGAACCCCCCCACCCGCUCAGCCCGUGCCCUCCAAUGAACCUGUUCACGACUCACCUAUCGCAGCACAAAUUGACGAUUUCAGUUUCAUCUUCGACCUAAUGGACCGAGAUCGCGACGGUCGCAUUUCCGCAACAGAGCUCGCAUCGGUUCUUGAGAGCCUGGGAGAGGAGCGAGUGGAGGAGACAGUUCAAGCCAUGAUGAGCCAAGCUGACACUGACGGCGACGGCUACGUCGAUUUCGACGAGUUCAUCCGCGUUAGUAGCCACUCUUCAGCCACGUCGUCUCUUUUCUAUGCGUCCCCGAAAUCGACAUUGUCCGCGUCGCUCGCGUUAGAUUGCGAGUCAGCGGCCGAGGCGUUCUGCUGCAGAGGAUCCGACGGUCCGUCGAUCGACGAUCUUGCAGCGGCUUUCGAGCUGUUCGACCGGAAUAAGGACGGCUUUAUCACAGCGGAGGAGUUAAGCGAAGUGAUGGGUGGGAUCUGGGAAGAUGAGGACAUGUCGCUGGAAGAAUGCGAGAGAAUGAUCCGGAGCGUCGAUCUUGAUGGUGAUGGACGGCUGUGCUUCAGCGAGUUUGUGGAUAUGAUGCUAGCGUCAGGGUCGUGGGCGCAAGCCGAGCUGUCGCCAUGCCAAACGGAGCAGCGGAACGUAAGGGCGAAGGCAGGAAUCGUGUUCUGA